CUUCUUCAAGGGCGAAUGCGAGGGGAGGGGAUGUGAGGAGAAAGAAGAGAAGAGAGCAUUGCAGAACUCCCCGCGAGAGGGAGAGAGAGAGAGAGAGAGCGAAAAGGGGGAGAGGGGGAAGCCGAAGGUAGAGAGAGAGAGAGAGAGAGCAGAGAUGAGACUUGACUGAAGAGGAGGAGGAGGAGGAGGGCAGGGCUGGCCAGCAAAGCCCUGACUGAGAGGAGAGGAAAGGAAAGGAAAGGAGACGCCAAAGAGAGAGCUUUUGAGCCCAGGAGGAGACCUUGAGACCGACCUACUGGAGCCUCUUCCCUUCGCUUGCCUUGCCUUGCCUUCGCUGUUCUUCAGAUUCUGAUAAAUUUUUUUUGUAUUAUUCCUUCUUUCUCUCUUCUUACCAUUGUCUCUGCUGCUCUGCUGUGCGUCUCUCUCUCCCCGAUACACAACAAUCUACCACCACCUCCAUCAUCGUUUACCAUCUUCCUUCCCGAGGAGAGAAAGCGAGAGGAGAGGAGGAGCAGCAAAAGGUUCCUUCCGGUGUUCUCUCUCUCUCGAUUGUGGUUAUGUAGAGGCGGGGGCUGCCGACGAAGAAGAGCGACCGUGGUUGAUCUGGGGCCGGAGACGGAGGAGGAACGGGCAAGCGAACUGGGAAGAGGUGGUGCUGGUGCUGGUGGAGGAGGAAGAGGAGGAGGAGGAGUAGUUGGAGCCGAGGCAGAGGCAGGCAGGCAGACAGGCAGAGACCGCAGCGGGGGAUUUCGCGGAUUAAGAUCAGCGGGAGGCGCUACUGGUUCUUGCGCUCGGAGGACCUCCUCGGGGGGUUUCCAUCGGAAGUGUGUGCGUGUCUUUUUGCCGCGGUCGGAUUUGAGUGCUGAGGAGGAGCCGUCUUUGCUUGCUACUCAUGGUAGUAGCGGAUUUGAGACGGCAAUCCCUUGCGGUGGACAGACAGAGGUCGUAGGCAGCAGGGACAUGUCACAGCUCUGAUCGAGAUAGUUUUCCCCUGAGAGCGACACCAUGAAGGCGAAGAAAAAGCGGGGCGUCGAGGCCCCCCUUCGAGUAAGGACAUUCAUCAAUACUGUCAUCAACACUCCCUUGGAGAAUAUCGAGGCUCCCUUGACCCGAUUCUCUUGGGACUAUGAGAAAGGUGAUUUUUAUCACUGGGUUGAUCUUCUGAAUCAUUUCGAAUCAUUCUUUGAAAAGUACGUGAAACCAAGAAAAGAUUUGCAGCUGGAUGGCAACUUUCUUGAAGAAGAAAAUCAGUUCCCAAAAGAAGCAGUUCUUCAAAUCUUACGGGUCACCCGAAUCGUGUUGGAAAAUUGUAUGAACAAGUUUUUGUACAAUUCUAAUGAGCAUGUAUCAGCGUUGUUCGCUUCUACGGAUCCGGAAAUAGUCAUAGCGGCUUUGGAGACGCUGGCGGCUUUUGUCAAGAAGCCAGUGCAGUCAAACCGGGCUAUGAGAUGGCAUGGUGAUGCAGCUUUAAACGCUAGGCUUUUUUCAUUGUCUCAGGGGUGGGGUGGCAAAGAAGAAGGCCUGGGGCUAUUAGCCUGUGCUAUUGAAAAUGGGUGUGAUGUAGACGCGUAUAGAUUGGGAUCAACGCUGCAUUUUGAGUUUUAUGCGGAUGGAAAUACACAAGGGGAGGAUGAUGUGAAACCUCCCUCAAAAGCCUCUGGGUUGCAGGUCGUGCACAUCUCAGAUUUGCAUCUACGACCAGAGAAUGAUCUUGAGCUGUUGAAGAAGCUCACAGAUCAACAUAAGGUGCCUCCUAGUCUUCGUUUCUCUUUGCUAACACGGAUCAGAUUUGCCAGGGCGUUUGCCUCUCUCACAAGCCGGAGGCAAUACAUCUGUAUACGGUUACUUGCCUUCACCGUCUUGCUGCAGUCAAAUCCUGAUCACGAAGAUUUGACGGCAUUUUUCAUCAACGAGCCCGAAUUUGUGAACGAGUUGGUUACCGUGUUACGUUGUGAGGACACAGUCCCUGAGGAUAUCAGGAUUCUUGCUGUGCUUGCUCUAGCAGCCCAGUCACAGGACAGACCCCGACAGUCGAGUGUGCUCACCGUUAUUAGUGCGGGUGGUCAUAGAGGUAUCUUGCCUAGUCUGAUGCAGAAGGCUGUUGGUUCAGUUACUGGUGGUACAGGGGGCUGUUCGGUUGCAUUCGUGGAAGCUUUGCUCUCUCUUGUCACUGUCUUGGUUUCUUCAUCCUCUGGUUGUGCCGCACUGAGGGAAGCAGGGCUGAUACCCACUUUGCUCCCAUUGCUGAAAGAUAUGAACCCUCAACACACUCAUCUUGUCAGCUCAGCGGUUCACAUUUUGGAGGCGUUUAUGGAUUACAGCAAUCCUGCUGGUACUCUAUUUAGAGAUUUAGGAGGCUUGGAUGACACUAUUGUCAGGUUAAAGCUUGAAGUUAGUCGGGUCGAGGAAGGAGCUACGAAGCAGAAGGAGGAGUUGCAAGUCGAUACCAAGGGGAAGGCUCCCAUGAUCGAGGACGGCGACUCUCAGCAAACUGCUCUUGUGCAGUCAGAGACUUUGAUACCGUAUCAUCAAAGGUUGCUUCUUAAGGCUCUGCUGCGAGCCAUUGCUUUAGGUACCUACGCGCCUGGAAGUACCGCACGUCUUCACGGCUCGGAGGAAAGCGCCCUCCCAGCGUGCUUAUGCACGAUUUUUAGACACGCGAAGGAGUUUGGAGGAGGUGUGUUUUCACUAGCGGCAUCUGUCAUGAGCGAUCUGAUUCACAAGGAUCCGACCUGUUUCUCCUCCCUCGAUGCAGCUGGUCUUCCCGCAGCUUUCCUGGAUGCGAUCACAAGUGGUGUGCUGCCCUCAUCAGAAGCAGUUGGGUGUAUACCUAACAGUCUUGACGCCUUGUGUCUUAACAAUCUGGGUUUACAAGCUGUGAAGGAUAGGAAUGCUUUGGGUUGUUUUGUGAAAAUAUUCACAUCGAAAAUGUACCUGAGAGCCCUGGCAAACGAUACACCUGGAUCUCUCGCUUCUGGCGUCGACGAGUUGAUGCGUCAUGCUCCCUCACUACGAGGACCUGGGAUUGAUAUGUGCAUCGAGAUACUGACGACCAUCGCCACGAUUGGAGGUGCAACGGAGGUCAGCACUCCACCUACUUCUCAGGAAGCUCCAAGCGCUGACGCGCCUGUUCCGAUGGAUACGGAUUCAGAGGAACGGCCAGCUGCCUCACCAAUAGCUGACGUGGAUGUGGCACGCCCAGGUACUUCUCAGCAAGUCGUAGAACCAGCCGUGGAAGGGGCAAAUGCCAAUGUGGAAGCUUUUCUUCCAGAGUGCAUAAACAACGUUGUCAGGCUUUUAGAGACCAUACUUCAAAAUGCGGAUACAAGCAGAGUGUUUAUAGAGAAAAAAGGUAUCGAAGCUCUCCUUCAGCUUUACACGCUCCCUCAUCUUCCUGUAUCAUUUGGUGGUUCAUCGACAGCGCACAAUAUGUCAGUCACCUUUAGAGCUUUCUCUCCACAGCAUGCCUCUGCCCUGACUCGGGCCGUAUGCUGCGCGUUGAAGGACCACUUGAAAGUAACAGUUGAGCUGUUGGAUUCUGUGGCGGGAGCGAAGUUGUCUGAGCUCGAGACUGGUUUAAGGAACAAAGUUGUUCGGUGUUUGUCUGCGGCGGAGUGUUUCAUUUCCCUUACCUCGGUUCUGGUGCGAAGCUCUAUAGCUAUGAUGCCGGAGCUCAGUGGGGGUGGUUCCGAGGUACUGAAUGAUGUAGGGAAGGUGCACAGAGAAGUGCUUUGGCAGAUUGCACUUAUCGAUGACGCGAAAGUUGACCUGAAGAAGGAGAGUGAGACUGGUGGAAGCACACCUGGAAGUACAACUGUGAGUACUGGUACAAGAGAAGGAGAGGACGAUACUGAUGUUUACUCUGUCAUCAGAUACGUAAAUCCUGUACCAUCUCGCAACGGGCCUGCAUCACAUUGGGGUGUUGAAUCUGACUUCCUUCCGGUGUUGCACAAUGGAGGCGAUGGUCCGCAUCGUCGCAGGAGAGAGCAUGCUGUGACCACGGAAGCUAUAACGCAGAUGGCCAGGCUUGGUCGACUUUCUCGGCACAACACAGAUCCUGUCCAAGUCGAUUUGGAAAGCGCUGGAAGUCUGUCCGAGACUCCUCAGGCUCCAGAAAACACCAAGCGCAAGUCACCUGAUGCCGCAAAUUACGAAAUGAUGACAAGACUUGUCGGAGCUGCCCGUGGUCUUUACGUUGCCCUGGGAAAAGCUAUGGUUAUCCCUUCUCGCCGUCGGGAGCAAGAACAUGUGAGCAUUAGUGGACCGGCGAAAUCUGCUGCUUCCGCUCUUGCCAAGCUUUUGCGGGAUGAACUGAGCUAUGAUGGCCAUGGCACAACUUCACAAUUAGAGCCACCUGUGUCAGUCAAAUGCCGCUACUUGGGGAAGGUUGUUGAAGAUAUCAUAGCAGUUGUCUUCGACAGUAGACGGCGGACUUGCAACACCGUCCUUGUAAAUAAUCUCUUCGCACAUGGUGGCAUUAAGCAGCUUCUGGUCACUUUUGAAGCGACAAGCCAGCUACUAUGGAGAGUUCCACAGGCCUCUGGAUCACCUAUGGAUACCGAGAAUGGUAAGCCAGAGAGCAGUGACAAAGUAGAGGACAAGUCAGAUAGCAACUCCUGGCUUCUUGAUACGUUACGAAACUAUGCACGCCUCUUGGAGCACUUGGUCACUUCAUCGUUUUUAUUGUUUCCGACUUCGAUGGCACAACAUCUUGUGCAACCAGUGGAAGGCGGAACGGAAACGGUGCCCAAAGAUUCAGAGGCUUUCAUACGAGCUCUUCAGGCACAGGUGUUGGAGGUUGUGCUCCCUGUGUGGAACCAUCCUAUGUUCCCUCAGUGCAGCGCUAAUUUCAUUACUUCAAUUGCCGCAAUCAUCACGCAUGUGUAUACUGGUGUGGGGGAUGUCAAGGGGCACAGGAACGGCAGUGCCGCACCUGGUGCCCGCCUUGUGGGCCCUCCUCCGGAUGAGUCAUCUAUCUCUAGGAUAGUGGAGAUGGGCUUCUCCAGGUCCAGAGCAGAGGAGGCGUUGCGGCGUGUAGAAAAUAGCGUGGAGAUGGCGACAGAGUGGUUGUGUAGCCUUCCUGAGGGUGCUGCUCAGGAGGAUGAUGAGUUGGCACGUGCACUUGCGCUGUCACUUGGCAGUGCCGAUGGUACUCCUAAAGAAGAAGCCCCUAGGAAGGGCAAGGAGGCUGUAGUUGAGGAAGAGGGGCCACAAGCUCUACCAGUGGAGGAUAUGCUCUCCACUUGCAUGAACCUUCUGCAGAAUACAGAUGCUGUGGCGUUUCCGUUAACAGAUUUGCUUGUUACGAUGUGCAAUCGCAACAAAGGCCAGGAUCGUCCAAGAGUCAUCUCCUACUUGAUUCAGCAAUUGAAGCAGUGUAAGGUGGAAGAAUCGCAAAGUGAUGGCAGCGCACUGUCAACAAUUUCGCAUACGCUAGCUUUAGUUCUGAGUGAAGAUACCACGGCACGAGAAAUCGCUGCGGAAAUAGGCCUUUCCAAGAUAGCUCUCGAGAUUCUAGCGUCAUUCAAGGUCCUUGCGCCCAGUAAAGACGCUGCUGGAGUACAGGUCGAAGUCCCCAAAUGGGCCACGGCGUUGCUACUGGUUCUCUACCACAUGUUACAGUACAAGCCGAAAAUCAACUCUGAUGCACCCACUCCGACUGCCGGGACUGCAGCUACUAGCAACAGCGCAGUGGCAGGUUCUGCGGCUGCUCCUGAAGCUUCCAAGCCGGAUGUUGAAGUCGUGCAGAAGGAGAAGGAGGAGAACCCCUUUAUUGCCAUACUGGGUAAGCCAACGGGUUACAUGUCAGAAGAGGAACAAAAGAAGGCCAUGUCUGUUUGUUGCAAUUUACUGCAAAUGCAACUGCCAGCAAUGGCCAUCCAAGCUGUUCUUCAGCUCUGCGCUCGCCUUACGAAAACACAUCCAGUUGCAAUGCAGUUUCUUGAAGCAGGCGGGCUGAUUGCACUUCUGGGUCUUCCCAAAGGCUGUCUUUUCACUGGUUUCGACAGUGUUGCUGCUGCCAUUAUCCGUCACCUUCUUGAAGAUCCGCAAACACUUCAACAAGCAAUGGAGUCAGAGAUCCGUCACACUCUCAUAGCAACUCUUUCGAGGCACAAUGGCCGUGUCUCCCCACGAAUGUUUUUGACAGCUAUGGCUCCAGUUGUUUCCCGCGAUCCUUCGAUAUUCAUGCAGGCCGUUGCUGGAGUAUGUCAAAUUGAGACUGUGGCUGGUAGACCGAACAUAGUUCUGGCUAAGGAGAAGGAGAAGGAUAAGAAAGAGGAGAAGGACCGGGAGAAGGAGAAGGAGAAGGACAAAGAGAAGGACAAAGAGAAGGAGAAGGAGAAGGAGAAGGAGAAGGACAAAGACAAAGACAAGGAGAAAGAGAAGGGUAAAGCUCUUCAAGCUGAAGGUGUUGUUUCUCCUGUCGAUGGAGGUCCUAAAGCCCACGAUGGAUCUGUAAAGUCUGUGAAGGGACAUAAGAAGGUCCCUCACAGUUUCUCACAGGUGAUGGACCAGCUUCUCGAGGUGAUUUUACAUUACCCUCCUCCUGGGAAAGAAGAUGAGGUUAUUGCACCUAAAGAUGGCUCAACCACUGCAAUGGACGUUGACGAUCUGGCUCCUAAAGACAAGGGGAAAGCAAAAGUUGACGAAGUGGUGAAGCCCGAAGGUGACAACAUCUCUGAGAGCUCAGCGGCGCUCGCUAAAGUGGCCUUCAUUUUGAAGUUGACAACUGAGGUUCUCUUGAUGUACUCCUCUGCUGUGAGCGUAGUAUUACGUCGCGACUCUGAGAGCAGUCAAGGAAGAGGACCAGCGCAGGGAGGAUUGGAGGUCAUUGGACACGGGGGGCUUUUAUACCAUGUUCUCCAUAGGCUUCUUCCAUACCCCGGGGACAAGUCAAGCGAGAAGAUGAAUGACGACGAAUGGAGAGAAAAGCUGUCUGAUAGGGCGGGAUGUUUCCUGAUGUCAGUUUGUGUACGAUCAGGAGAAGGGCGUAGACGCGUGGUUGUGGAGAUCGCUCGUGCUCUGACUGCGGCCGCAAAUAGUGCGGAUGUCGGCGUUCUAAAGGGACUUCAACCCCCGAAUAGGAAGGUGAGAGUCUUUGUUGAUCUUGUCAACUAUUUUCUCUCACAUCACUCGUCAUCUGGGACCACGCAGACUCCAGGUUUUUCUGCUGACAUGGCGAAGACUAUGAUGGAUGCCGGCAUGGUUCAAGCCUUGACGCUCACCCUUCAGGUCAUUGACCUGGAUCAUCCUGAUGCACCUAAGCUGGUGAAUGCUGUAUUGAAAGGCAUGGAAAUUCUAACAAGAGCUGGAAGUAACGAGGCCGCCUUUGGCUCUGACGCUAGCAACCAAAAGAAGAGCACAGCGGAGGCAAGAGCUUCAGCUAGGGCCCUAGCUUCUGGAGGUAAUGGGCAUCCAGCAUCUGAUACACGGCAGGGAGAUGCUCCAUCCCAGACACGGGACGAGACAAUGCGCGAUCUGGUGCAAGCGGAAGCUCAACAGCUUGAGUUAAGUCUUCAUCCAUCAACCGGUGCAGACACUAGCAGGGAGGACUUGAUGGAAGAUGAUCUUAGAUUGGAUCGAGAACUAGCAGAGGAAGCCGAAGCCCAGCUAGAGGCAGACGUCGAAGAAGAGUUGAUGCGAGAAGCUGCUGAGGAUGCUGCCGAGCUAGAGGACGCAGCUGCGGAAAUGGCCUACAGGAUGGAGCAUGGUCCUGAUGAUGAUGUCGGAGAUGAAGACGAUGACGAGGAGGACAUGGAUGGCGAUGAUGGAGACGACGAUGGAGAUGAAGACGAGGAGGAGGAGGAAGAAGAUGAAGAAGAAGACGAAGAUGACAUUGAGGGUGACGAGGGAGUUCCCCAUCUGUCUCCGCCAGACACAGAUGUGGAGGACCAUGAGGACAAUGGACUCGGGGAUGAGUAUGAGGAUGAUAUGGUCGAAGAAGAAGACGAGGAUGAUGACUGGCGAGAAGAUCGGGUUAUCGAAGUAAGGUGGAGGGACGGAUUAACUGGACUUAAUCACGUACAAGUGUUGGGUCACACAGGCACUGCCAACUUGGUCGAUUUCUCUGGUGAUCCUUUUCACGGCAUGAAUAUGGAUGAUGUUUUUGGGAACUUCAGGCGUCCUGGUGGUGGAGAUAGGCGUCGAGCCACGGCUUACCGAGCUUUUCCUGAACGGCCCGGGGGAGACCGCGGAGGUGCUUUCCAUCAUCCUCUAUUAACCCGACCAUCUCCAACUCCAGGUGUUGGAUCCACAGGGCCAGUUAUGACCGGGAGUCUAUGGCCAACAACUGGAAGCUUUGUCAGAGAUGCAGAAGCCUUAAUGGGUGGUGGUAGCGGUCUGGAUGUUACUCACUUUUACAUGUAUGAUACACCCAUACUUCCAGAUCAUGCUGUGGAUGGCCUGUUUGGGGAAAGAGGUGUUGUUGCCCCACCUCCACCGCUCCUCGACUUUUCGAUGGAUCCUGUCUACCUCAUGGGUAGACGUGGAGGGCGUGCAGAUAGCAGACUGAGUAGCUGGACCGAUGAUGGGCAACCACAGGCAGGAGCUCAUGCAGCCGCUGUCGCACAAGCCAUUGAGGAACAGUUUAUCUCUCAAUUACGACUCCUUGUACCCGGAGAAGAUCAGCCAGCUGGUCCAGCGGGUAAUGUCACUGCACCUGAGAGCACAGAGGCAGCUGAUGCAAGACUACCCGAUGCCGCAGAGGAUAUGGAAGGUGCAGAGCCUGAAGGUCCCCACCCAGUGACAGAGAGCAGUAUGACUGAGCAGAGAGACACGCCUAGGGUAGGCGAGCCAGAACCUGCAGCUGGCGAAGGAGGAACUGUCACCACCUCAGCUGGUGUACACGGAUCCAGUAUAGUGGAAGCCGAGUUGGCACGCUCUGGGGAGCCUGUCGCUGCAUCAGGCACAGAUUUAGAUGUGCAAAUGCAAGACGAGAGGAACGAGCCAGCGAAUAGAGAUGUAGAAGCUGGUAGCCAAGAUAGUGGAGAAAGUGGUGCAACCGUGGGCGAAAGUCUUCGCAGCUUGGAAGUAGAGAUUGGAAGUGCGGAUGGACGUGAUCCAGACGAGAGACAAGCGGGUCCGGAUAGGUUGAGCACUGGAGAAAUUCAGAGAACUGCCGUUGUGGAGGUUGUACCUGGACAGGUGGGAACGACUGGAAGGGCCGAGCGUGGUGAUGCAGAUGAAGAAAUGGAUGGGUCAAGCCGGGCAGGCCGACCGGGUGAUGAGGCUGAAACUGCCGAUAGGUCAGGUUUGGGGGCUACACAGGAAGAAUUAGCCGGACCAGUACCCGCCAGUGCUGGAGCUGGAAACAGGGGAGAGGAAGAAGGUGCACGCAGGGGUGAGGGGAAUGCUGGUGUGAAUGCCAUUGAUCCAACUUUCCUAGAAGCUCUUCCCGAAGAUUUGAGAGCCGAAGUAUUGGCAUCACAACAAACUCAGACCAUACGAGCCACGAGCCACCCUCCCCCUCCUGCAGAAGAUAUCGAUCCAGAGUUUUUAGCUGCCUUACCUCCCGAUAUCCAGGCUGAGGUCUUGGCACAACAAAGAGCCCAAAGAGUUGUUCAAGCCCAGCAAGUGGAGGGUCAACCAGUUGACAUGGACAGUGCGUCCAUCAUUGCCACGUUCCCUGCAGAGCUUCGUGAAGAGGUUUUGUUGACAUCUUCGGAGUCUGUUCUUGCUGCACUGCCACCUGCUCUUAUUGCGGAAGCACAGUUGCUACGCGAGAGGGCGUUGAGUCAGUAUCAAUCUCGAGGCUUGUUCGGAGGCCACAGAAUUGGAAGAGGGAGAAACAACAUGGGUGUUGGUACUGGAGGUGGUGCAACGGCGAUUGAUCGGGGUGUGGGAGGAGCUACAGGGUUGCCGAUUGGCCGCAGUAGGAACACCAUGCCACUUAGUGCUGUAGGGAGAGUAAAAGAAGCUGAAGGGAAGCCUCUUGUAGAUACUGCUGCUUUGAAGGCAAUGCUUCGGCUUCUACGAUUAGCUCAGCCUCUUGGAAAGGGUCUACUUCAAAGGCUCCUGCUGAACCUUUGUGCACACAGUGUAACUAGGAUCACUCUGUUGCAACUUCUUCUGGACAUGCUUCGACCAGAAGCCGAAGGUAUUUCGGCCGGCGCAUCGUCUGCCGAUGGUGCCCCGUCUCAACGCCUCUAUGGCUGUCAGUGGAAUGUUGUUUACGCCCGUAGCCAGCUAUCAGAUGGAGUCCCACCCCUUGUCUCCCGGCGCGUUCUGGAAAUUUUGACCUACUUGGCUCGUAGCCACUCACUUGUCGCAAACCUGCUGCUUUACCUUGAACCCUUGAGUUUGUCACCGUCCUCGACAUCUGAAAGUUCUGCCGCUAAAGUACACGAUGCCAAAAAGGAAAAGGGAAAAGCAAAGGUGGUGGAUGGUCCGGCUGUACACGAAGAACCUGAGCCAAAGCCCAAGGGCGAGAUUCCCCUGAUUUUGCUGCUGAAGUUACUGAAUCAGCCACUGUACUCCCGAAGCAGUGCCCAUCUGGAGCAGGUAAUGGGCCUGCUUGAAGUGGUGACUACCAAUGCUGGAGCGAAAGCAGAGUUGAGAGCCCGAACUAAGGCUACAGAUGCCGGAAAUACGACAGCCCCUGUAAGUGGGGAGUCAACUUCCACUCAAGGUGCUACUACCGCUCCUGCUGGACAAGCAGCAGCUGCAGUUCGUGAUGGGGAGGAAGGAACUGAAGCUGUGGGGCGAAGCCGAGCCGAACCCACGACUGUGCCCAGUGAACUGAAAGUGGACACAACCCGACCUGAUGCAGAUGGUGUGGAACCAUCCACGUCGGGCCUCGAUCACCAGAUGGAUCCAACAACUGUACUUUUGAGUCUUCCUGAACCAGAACUUCGCAACUUGUGUAAACUCCUGGCACGUGAAGGGUUGUCAGAUACGGCCUACUCACGGGUCGCGGAAGUUUUGAAGAAGUUAGCUAUUGCCGCGCCUCCUCACCGAAGACUAUUUGUCACAGAGUUGGCAGAUGCUGCGCGUAGACUGGGCAGUCCAGCCAUUAACGAACUCACAAAUCUGGGAGAUGCUGACACUGCCGUUGUGAGUACGACAUCUAUGGCAGGCGCUGCAAUUCUUCGAGUCUUGCAAGCUCUAAGUGCUCUUACGUCGCUUGGCAGCUCAGAGAAAGAAAAUGAUCAAGAUAUGGUCGAGAAGGAACAAGAAGACGGAAUGAGUGUCAUUAGGGAUCUGAACUCUGCUUUGGAAGGUCUAUGGCAUGGGCUGAGCAUCAGUGUCGGCAAGAUAGAAGGCCGGUUGGGUAAUUCUUCAGCUUUGUCAACGCCAUCAAGCAGUGCAGCGGCGGCUGUUGUUGGUGCUGUGGGAGUUCCGCCACCUUUACCUCCGGGGACCCAAAAGUUGCUACCCUUCGUGGAAGCUUUCUUUGUACUAUGUGAAAAAAUGCGUUCGGGGCCCGCGAUUGCAGGUCUUUCGGAACCUGCUAGUGCAACUGCCCGUGAGGUUAAGGAAGCUGCUAGUUCGUCGGCGUCAGAAUUGGCCAUUGUAACCACUCCUAGGUCACCACCUCCUACUCCUCAGAGAAAGCCAGAUGAUAAGGGCAUGACUUUUAUUCGAUUUGCGGAUAAGCAUCGACGUCUGUUGAAUGCCUUUGUGCGUCAAAAUCCUGGUCUUUUAGAGAAGUCCUUGUGCUUGAUGCUGAAAACGCCUCGUCUGAUUGACUUCGACAACAAGCGGGCCUACUUCCGCUCGAGAAUAAGACAGCAGCAUGAGCAACAGCAUUACACUCCUCUUCGAAUUUGUGUAAGGAGGGCUUAUGUGUUGGAAGACUCGUACAACCAGUUGCGGAUGCGCACUCCAGAAGAAUUGAAAGGUCGUCUUACUGUACAAUUUCAAGGCGAGGAAGGUAUUGAUGCGGGAGGUUUGACACGAGAAUGGUAUCAAUUGCUAUCUCGUGUUACUUUCGACAAAGGGGCUCUUCUUUUCACCACCGUAGGAAAUGAAUCGACGUUCCAGCCCAACCCGAAUUCUGUUUACCAGACAGAGCAUCUGUCUUACUUCAAGUUCGUAGGCCGCGUGGUCGCCAAAGCACUUUUUGAUGGACAAUUGCUUGAUGUAUAUUUUACUCGGUCAUUCUACAAGCACAUAUUGGACGUGAAAGUCACCUACCAUGACAUAGAAGCCAUUGAUCCCGAUUAUUAUAAGAAUUUAAAGUGGAUGCUCGAGAACGACAUCAGCGACAUACUAGGUCUUACCUUUAGUAUGGAUGCCGAUGAGGAGAAGCAUAUCCUAUAUGAAAAGACCGAGGUGACUGAUUACGAGCUUAUUGCGGGUGGUCGAAACAUAAGAGUGACCGAGGAAAAUAAGCACGAAUACGUGGAUCUCGUCGCGGAACAUCGCCUCACAACUGCUAUUCGACCACAAAUUAUCCAUUUCUUGGAAGGUUUUCAGGAGCUUGUCUCAAGUGAUCUCAUAUCUAUCUUCAACGAUAAGGAGCUGGAGCUUUUGAUCAGCGGUCUUCCUGAAAUUGACUUGGAAGAUUUGAAGGCGAAUACAGAGUACACGGGGUACACUGCAGCAUCCCCUGUCGUGCAGUGGUUUUGGGAGGUUGUCCGCGCCUUCAACAAGGAGGAUAUGGCACGACUACUGCAGUUUAUUACUGGGACUUCUAAGGUGCCGCUGGAGGGUUUUAGGGCUUUGCAAGGCAUAUCUGGUCCUCAAAGGUUUCAAAUUCACAAAGCAUAUGGGGCUCCCGAACGGUUGCCAUCCGCCCACACAUGCUUUAACCAACUUGAUCUUCCCGAGUACGCCUCGAAAGAGCAACUUCAGGAACGUCUUUUGUUGGCAAUUCAUGAAGGAAGUGAGGGUUUCGGAUUUGGAUGAGGAGCGAGUAGCUGCCUCUACUGCUGUCUACGUAGGAUAAAGGAUAGAUAGGAUCUCAAUGUGUUAUAGUUCAUAUAAUGUAGAGGAAGGUGUAGGUUUUUUGAUAAUCGCUGGUGGUAGAAGGCCGGCAGCUGAUGCAGAAGACAUUCUCAGCAAUUGUUUGAAAAAUGCCUUGUAGUAAUGUGUAUGCACGGGGACAAGGAGGGGAGAUGAUGGAGAGAUAACUGAGGUAGGAUUGGGGUUCGAGGAAAGCCUCAUGCCCUGACUUCCUAUUGUGUAAAUGGUUUCCUUACCACUCUCGAGAGAAAAUAAUUUGAUUCGACCAUAGGUCUUGUUCAUUGUUCAGCUCUUAGCACUCA